CGAUAGUUUUUCGUGCCCAAAUGUUAAAUAUAACGUCAAGUUAUCAAUAAUUCACGAUAGCAGUGCCAACGUAACAAGGUGUAAAAAACCUAGUCAAGUCUUGACCAUUUUAUUCAAUAAAAAUUAAAUAAUUAAAAAUGCCAGCGACCUUUUUGCACCGUUUUGUUCUAAGUAUUGGGUUUUUAUCACUGUUCCACUCGGCGUAUUCGGCAGCCCAACAUCGUUCGUAUUUGCGUUUAAAUGAGCUGGAUUUUACGCACUUGCCGCUUGAUAUUAUAAUCCAGGCUUUAAUUAGCCUUUUUGUUAUCAUGUACGGAGUAAUGAACGUUGCGGGCGAUUUCAAGGAAAUAAAAGCCUCAGCCGAGCUGGAAAACAAGUCUUGGGAGACAUUCCGCAACAUUCCUUCGUUUUACACAUUCAGUCAUCGCGGCAAGUUCCUCGCGUUUCCGCAUCAGACAGGGAAUAAAAAACACAACUGAUUGCAAUUAUUUAUUCGAAAUACUUUUGUAGCGUGCAUUUGUACAGUUAAAAAUAAAUAAUGCCCUUAGUCUUAAUACUUAAAAGAAA